AUGAGUCGUCGUUCCCCGAGGACUAACCCCCUGGUGACCCUGGUGACCCUGGUGACCCUGCCGCCCCUCAGCGUGGGGCUGGACCGGUAUGGCGGCGGGGAAGGCACUGCGUUCUAUGCCUAUUCGCCGAACAAAUUCACGCUGAAGACUCUGGCGGUGUGGACUGGCACGGUAAAUUUGGGCUCGAGCACUGUCCUCAAAGGCAUCAAGUUUACGUGGUUUGGCUGGGAGGAUCGGAGCAAGUCUUCCUUUACCUUUCAGGAGGGAGAGACGGUCAAAUCGUUGACUAUCCGUGCGGCGGCCCACGUUGACUGUAUCAAGUUUGAGACGAGCCAAGGGCGUCGGUUCAGUGCGGGAGGCACCGGGGCCACUGCCUACCAGCUUGGGGCUGGCUACAUCACUGGUGCGGAGGGAAGCGCGGCCGACGAGAUUGACAAGCUCGGCAUUGGGCUCAGUGAAACCGAUUCCUAUCGCAAUUGA